AUGACUGUACAGACCACUGAAAUCAACAGCCCAGACACCAGGCUUCCAGGAAGCUGGAUCCCUGCGCCGGAUCAGCCGGUUUUCACGCCCAGGAAGAUCCGCGUGGUCUGUGUAGGGGCCGGGUUUUCAGGUCUGCUGCUAGCACACAAGCACAAGUAUCAGUUCGACCUGUCGGAUAUGGUCGACCUGACGAUCUAUGAAAAGAACCAUGAUAUAGGCGGGACAUGGCUGGAAAACAAAUACCCGGGAGUCGCCUGUGAUAUUCCGGCCCAUGUCUACACCUUUCCAUUUGAGCCCAACCCGAGCUGGUCCUCGUUCUAUGCGGGUGGAGACGAGAUUUGGCGGUACAUCAAGGACACCUCAGACAAAUAUGCCCUCCAGGAGCGCGUGCAGCUGAACUCCAGAGUCAUCGAAUCAAUUUGGGACGAAAGGGUCUCGCGCUGGAAGAUCAAAGUGCAACAGGGCCAGCAUAUUAUUACUGACGAAGCCGAUGUCCUGAUCAAUGGCUCUGGUAUAUUGAACAAAUGGCGUUGGCCAGAUAUCGGGGGCCUUGAAGACUUCAAGGGGCAGCUCGUCCAUAGUGCUUCAUGGCCAUCCACGCUUGACUGGACGGGGAAGAGAGUAGCGCUCAUCGGAAAUGGAUCGUCGGCCAUCCAGAUUCUUCCCAACGUCCAGUCCACAGCGAAGAACGUGACGAACUACAUCCGAUCGCCGACAUGGGUUGCAGCUAAUUUUGCCGCCGAAUUUACGCCCGAGGGCAAGAACUUUAAAUAUUCGGAGGAGCAGAAGCAGUCAUUUCAACAGCAUCCAGAGGAGUUUCUGAAGCUACGCAAAGACAUCGAACACGGGAUUAACCAGCUUUUUAUGGGACUGUUGAAGGGGACAGACCGCCAGCUCGAAAUCAACCGGAUGUCCAAAAGGAUCAUGGAAGAGCGUCUGAACCACGACCCGGAGCUCUGUGCCAAACUUAUUCCCACCUUCGAGUUUGGCUGUCGCCGUAUUUCUCCCGGUGAGGGAUAUCUUGAGGCCCUCCAGGAAAGUAAUGUGUCCUGCUGCUUCAGUGGCAUUGAAAGAAUCACGGAAACCGGCAUCCGCACGAUUGACAACAACGUCACCGACUACGACAUUAUAAUCUGUGCUACGGGUUUUGACGUGAGUUUCACCCCAUUUUGGCAUCUUGUCGGGCGCAAUGGCCAGAAUCUCUCGGAGUUAUGGCAAGAGACGCCCAGGGCAUACUUCGGAAUCUGUGCGCCCCAGCAGCCCAAUUACUUUAUCUUCAACGGGCCGAACUGCCCAGUCGCGCAUGGCUCCUUACUUGCAGCCAUGGAUUCCACUGCGGACUGGAUACUGAGAUGGUGGCGGAAGAUUAUAACUGAAGAUAUCAAGAACAUUUGCGUCAAACAGGCUGCUCUCGACGACUACAAUGUGUACACGCAAGAGGCCCUAAAGCGCACGGUGUGGACCGGAGGCUGUCGCAGUUGGUUCAAGGGCGGCAAAGUCAACGGGCCAGUCACUGCCAUGUAUGCCGGUAGCAUUAUCCAUUACAAAGAAAUCCUAGAUCGUUUCCGGGUCGAGGAUUUCGAUAUUCAAUACCGCUCCCCGAAUCGGUUCCGGUUCAUGGGAAAUGGUACUACCCAACGUGAGAUUGAACAGAGCGACCUGGCCUAUUAUGUGAAAUGA